UUGUUCUAAUGGUGAAAACAAUCGAGUGAUUCAAGGUGGAUCACGACGUAUAAAUAGGCGUACAUGCAUGCUUUACAUCCUCAGCAACUCAUUCCCCUGCAAGCUCUAGCUAACACAAGUAAUAUCAGAUAAAAAUGGCCGCUCGCUUGCUUUUGACUAUUGUUAUUCUGGCUUUGGCUUCUUUAUUAGCUCAUGCUUCUGAUCCUAGCCCUCUUCAGGAUUUCUGCGUUGCGGUUAACGAUUCAAGGGCUUCAGUAUUUGUGAACGGAAAGAUUUGCAAGGAUCCAAACACGGUCACGCCAGACGAUUUCUUCUUUUCCGGUCUUAACAAGCCUGGAAAUACAUCAAGUCCGCUUGGAUCAAGAGUUACUCCUGUGACAGUCAAUCAACUAGCUGGACUCAACACUCUCGGCAUUUCCUUGGCUCGUAUCGACUUUGCACCAUACGGGCUCAACCCUCCUCACACGCACCCUCGUGCAACUGAGAUUCUUGUUCUCGUUGAGGGCAGUUUGUACGUCGGAUUCGUGACUUCCAAUCCUGCAAAUCCCAACCAGAAAAACAAGCUCUUCACAAAAACAUUGUACCCUGGAGAUGUGUUUGUGUUCCCAGAAGGUCUAAUUCACUUUCAAUUCAAUGUUGGAAAUACCAAUGCAGUGGCGUUUGCUGGCCUGAGCAGCCAAAAUCCAGGAGUUAUUACAAUUGCAAACGCAGUUUUUGGUUCGGACCCUCCUAUUUCUUCUGAUGUCCUGACCAGGGCUUUUCAGGUUGACAAAAAUGUGAUCAAAUAUCUUCAAGGACAGUUCUGGUGGGAUAACAACUAGGCAAACGAUCGACAUAUGAAGAGUUCCACGUGUGUAUGAUUCUUAUAUGUUCGCUUGAUUUGUAUUCAAGAAAUAAAACUAUAUAUGAUGUAGUAGUGAAGAAUAAGCAUUUGGGUUUUGUCUCCAAUGUAAGGAUACAUAUUUCCUCAUGAAUAAAGAAAUGUUUAUCGUUUUUUUCAA